AACGGAUUUCAGCAUCCACGUCUCUGUCAGAAAGAAAAAGACGGUGGAUGCUUUUGCCUUGGCCUUUUGGCCCUUUUCUAAUAGCUUCUGGAAUCUCGAUAGAUAUUGUCCGCUAGGGUUUUAACACUAAUCGAUGCAACUUCAAUAUCACGCUAAAGAGCUGUCAUUUUGGUUCCGUUAACUUCGUUUUCUGCGCUAUUUUGAUUGCCUAAGUCCGAGUUUUGGAUCCAAAAUGAUGCAGCCUUAGAGUUUGUGCUUCUUCGUCACUUCGUACUAAUUUAUAGGUGCUUGUCUUUAGUAGGAAUGUCCGAAGUUACAGUGAAUAGGUCAUGGCGAGAUGAGCUCGCAAGCCUUGUGGAAGACACGGGGAUUAGGUACCCCGAUGAUGGCAUUGGAGUCGCGCCGACAGCGACUAGUUUCAGUGGUGAUGAGGGACUCGAAGGCGAUACGGCUGAAGCAGAGAGCUUUAAGGAUCAAUUUAAAGGAUUCCUGACGGCCUCCGCCGAAAUGCUGCUGGAAUUGGCCAGAGGUUGCAGGGAUGUGGUACUGCAGAAUCUUGGGAAUGAAGAUUCUUAUGUUGUGCGGAAGUUCGGAGGGCCUUUGGCAAAGGUUUCUCGUAGACUUAGUUUCCUGAACGAGUACUUGCCGGAGGAUCGGGACCCAGUUCACGCCUGGUCGAUCAUUUUUUUCGUUUUCAUUCUCGCAUUAUCAGCAUUGAAUGUAAAUACUGGACAGGAUAUAUCUGUACCACUGAUAAAGAAAGUGUAUAUACAUCCUUCUAAUGCUAGUCGUAUACAACUUCCUGAUGGAAGACACAUUGCAUAUCAUGAGCAAGGUGUUCCAGCUAACAGAGCUAGAUUCUCUCUGGUUGCUCCACAUUCAUUUCUUUCCUCACGACUUGCAGGAAUUCCUGGAGUUAAAGCAUCACUACUGGAGGAGUUUGGUGUCCGCUUGGUAACAUAUGAUCUUCCUGGCUUUGGGGAGAGUGAUCCUCACCCCAGCAGGAAUCUUAACUCGUCGGCUCUGGAUAUGUUAUAUAUCACGGAUGCUGUUGGUGCCAGUGACAAGUUCUGGGUGAUGGGUUACUCAGGUGGAAGCAUUCAUGCUUGGGCUGCACUCAAAUAUAUUCCUGACAGGAUUGCAGGUGCAGCCAUGUUUGCCCCAAUGGUUAAUCCAUAUGAAUCAACAAUGACAAUGGAAGAGAGACAAAGAACCUGGGAGAAGUGGACAUCAACAAGGAAAUUGAUGUACUUCUUAGCCCGGAGGUUCCCUAGAUUUCUUGGUUUCUUCUACCGCCGUAGUUUCCUAUCUGGAAAGCAUGGUCAGAUUGAUAAGUGGUUAUCGGUGUCGCUGGGAAAGAGAGAUAAAGCUUUGGUAGAGGAGCCAGCUUUUGAAGAAUUUUGGCAGAGGGAUGUGGAAGAAUCAGUGCGUCAGGAAAAUCCUAAGCCAUUUAUGGAGGAAGCUGUGUUACAGGUGUCAAACUGGGGUUUCAGCCUUGCUGACCUUCAAGUGCAGAAGAAGCACAAAGGAAAAGGCAUUCUGAGUUGGAUAAAAUCCCUGUACAGUCAAUCUGAAAGUGAAUUAACAGGCUUUCUUGGCCCAAUACACAUUUGGCAGGGGAUGGAUGAUGGGAUUGUUCCACCAUCAAUGACUGACUAUGUGCACCGAGUUUUACCAGGGGCCACAAUUCAUAAGCUCUCUGGUGAGGGUCACUUCUCCUAUUUCUGUUUCUGUGAUGAAUGCCAUAGGCAGAUAUUUUCAACACUUUUUGGAGCACCCCUAGGUCCACUCAAUGAGAUUGUGGAAACAGAUCUAACUUCAUUUGAAGAAGAAGUUGAAGAAUUAGACGAGGUGUCUCUUAUAGCCACGGACUGAAGUAUUUUUAAUUUCCACGUUAGGUUCAGGUAAUGACGAAAAAAGGAAUCUGUAAAUACCCCCAUUUGCUUUGCUCGAGUAGGUAAAUGUGAAAGAAAAAGCUAAAAAAUUCUAACAAAUAAUCUACCAUUUCCCCAUUUCUGUAUUUAAUUCUUGAGCAGGCUAUGGGUAUGGAAUGCAUGGACAGUUUUGGAUGAGGUGUUGAAGAAAAGGACAAAGGGAGUUUCUAUAUUUUUCCACCCUUCCCCUGUUAAUGGAAAUAGUCUUUCUGAU